ACAAGCCGUUGCUAUCAGCAAUGGAAAAAAUCACCCUUCAAUUCAAACCGCACCUCCCAUCGUUUACCAAAUACCACUAUCGGCGCUUGGAAAUCGAUUCUAGAGAGAGAGAGUGUAAAAAGGACGCAAAGCAUUCAAAUCUCUGAACAAACCGAUCCGAAGUUUGGACGCCAUUCACGGAGAAUGGAGAGAUCCGGCGGCACGGCCAGGCGAGCGCAAAGCGCCGACGAGAGCGGCGUCGUUAUUCCCCCGGAUCGGGACCUGGAGAAUAAGAAGGCGCCAGAGGAAGGAGAGGAGGUUGCUGAGGUGUCCGUCGAGCGGAUUUUCGAAUCCAAGGAGGUGCCGCCAUGGAAGGAGCAACUCACUUUCAGAGCCUUCGCGGUAAGCUUCGUGCUCGGGAUUCUGUUUACCUUCAUAGUGAUGAAGCUCAACCUCACCACCGGAAUCAUACCUUCGCUCAAUGUCUCCGCCGGCUUGCUCGGCUUCUUCUUCGUCAAGACGUGGACGAAGUUCCUUGGGAAGUCUGGACUCCUCAAGCAGCCGUUCACUCGCCAAGAAAACACCGUUAUCCAGACCUGCGUCGUCGCCACCUCCGGCAUCGCCUUCAGCGGAGGCUUUGGGAGCUACCUCUUUGGGAUGAGCGAAGUUAUUGCCAAACAGUCAACUGAAGGAACUGGUUCAAAGAAUAUGAAGGACCCAGCUUUGGGAUGGAUGAUUGCAUUUCUGUUUGUUGUUAGCUUUCUUGGACUCUUUUCUGUGGUGCCUCUUCGAAAGAUAAUGAUUGUAGACUUCAAACUGAUUUAUCCCAGUGGAACUGCAACAGCUCACCUAAUCAACAGCUUCCACACUCCACAGGGCGCCAAGCUAGCAAAGAAACAAGUACGAGCUCUGGGCAAGUUCUUCUCAUUCAGUUUCUUGUGGGGCUUCUUCCAGUGGUUCUUCACUGCAGGGGAUGGUUGUGGAUUUGUGAACUUUCCUACUUUUGGUCUCAAAGCCUAUGAACAUAAGUUUUACUUCGAUUUCUCAGCAACUUAUGUCGGUGUCGGCAUGAUCUGUCCAUAUUUAAUCAACAUAUCUUUGCUAGUUGGAGGAAUCCUAUCGUGGGGCAUAAUGUGGCCACUUAUAGAAGACAGAAAAGGCCAUUGGUACCCUGAUGACCUUAGCCCAAGCAGCCUCCAUGGUCUUCAAGGUUACAAGGUCUUUAUAGGAAUAGCCAUGAUCCUUGGUGAUGGCCUCUACAACUUUGUCAAAGUCCUCGGACACACUCUAUUUGGCUUGUAUCACCAACUCCGCGAUAAAGAACCGGACAGUGUCAUCCCAGUUAGUGGUCGCUCUUCCCCAGCGAAUCCUUCCCAAUCUUAUGAUGAUCAGCGUCGGACCCAGCUCUUUCUCAAGGACAAAAUUCCAUUGCAUGUAGCCAUUAUUGGCUAUGUCGGUAUUGCAAUUAUCUCCGCUGUAACACUUCCCCAUAUCUUCCACCAACUAAAGUGGUACUAUAUUGUUGUCAUUUACAUCGUAGCACCGGUACUAGCCUUCUGCAAUGCUUAUGGAUGUGGACUUACUGACUGGUCCUUGGCUUCCACCUAUGGGAAGCUAGCAAUCUUUACAAUCGGGGCAUGGGCAGGAGCUUCUCAUGGUGGAGUACUUGCUGGUUUAGCUGCUUGUGGGGUUAUGAUGAACAUUGUGUCAACUGCUUCUGAUCUCAUGCAGGACUUCAAAACAGGCUAUAUGACCCUGGCUUCUCCACGGUCCAUGUUCGUGAGUCAGGUGAUCGGGACUGCAAUGGGCUGCGUUAUUGCCCCUUGCGUCUUUUGGCUCUUUUACAAGGCUUUUGAUGAUCUUGGGGUCCUAGGUUCAGAGUAUCCUGCUCCGUAUGCUCUCAUCUAUCGCAACAUGGCCAUUCUUGGGGUUGACGGGUUCUCAGCUUUGCCCAAAAACUGUCUCACACUUUGCUACGUGUUCUUUAUCGCGGCUGUUGUCAUCAAUGGCAUUAGAGACGCCAUGGGGAAGGACAGAGCCAAGUUCAUACCCAUUCCCAUGGCCAUGGCAAUACCCUUUUACAUCGGAUCCUACUUUGCUAUCGAUAUGUGUCUCGGGAGCUUGAUACUUUUCAUAUGGCGGAAGAUAAACAAGGCCAAGGCCGAUGCAUUUGGACCUGCCGUUGCCUCAGGCUUGAUUUGCGGGGACGGAAUCUGGACUCUGCCCAGUUCUAUACUGGCUUUGGCAGGUGUAAAUCCUCCCAUCUGCAUGAAGUUCCUGGCAAGGAAGACAAAUACAAAGGUUGAUGCUUUCUUAGGCUCUUAAGGCUUCCAAUUAGUUCAACUCUCUCUCUCUCUCUCUCUCAUCUUCUUAGUAAGAAAGAAAUGCGAAGGUUGAUACUUUCUUAGGCUCUUUAAGGUUUUCAGUUAGUUAUCUGAACUCUUCUUUCAUAUCUAAGUGUAUUCCCAAAGUAUUUGUUAAUGAUAGAAGCCUAUGUUUUAUUCCCAUAAAAACCAAUUGUAUAAAGAUUCAAUUCAACA